CGAUUAAAGACAGCUCUCGCACCCAAUCAGAGCAGACCGUUCUCUGUGGUGGGUUUGUCUUGUUACCAGAGUUGGGAUAAUGUUAUAUACAGCUGUUUUUCUCGCUUCCAAGAUUCAUGGCAGAAUGAGAGGAACCUUGAAGUAAAAUGUGCACCAAAUUCUUUCAUGGCUUCUUUAAAAAACGCCUCCAGAGUCGUCAGUGAGAUUUCUUUUUAAUCCACAACUGCUUUUGAUGAGGUAAUGUCUAAGAAAUGUUCUCGUGUUAUUUACACUGGUAACCAGCAGUAGCUUCGGGAUCUACUAGUUGUGUUUAGAAACUUCAAAUCCGGUACAGUCUUUGGCUGGUGCCCGCGGCUCCUCGUACAAGUUGUGGGAAGCCAUGAGGACGGUAGAGCAACUCUACAGGAAGGGCUCGUUGUUGUGCCUUUUGGUUUGGCGGCUCGGAUCAAAAAGUCUCGGUGUGCUUGAGGGUAUCCUUGAAUGGGGCGGUGUGUUUUGAUCUCGCCUGCCUUUGUGCAACAACUGUUUCAGAGCCGUCAGGGGGUCCGCGGUCCGACCGGCGGAGGGGGACACGGCGGAGGGACUCUUGGCUGCCGUGCUCCGUGGUGAACACAGACCAGUCCACUUUGGCUGCAUGUGAGACGACUUUGGGGAGAUUCUGGUUCGGGAGGGCCUGCUGAGGUGUCGUCUCUGCUCCGACAACAAAGGAAACGACUGUUGCUUGUUUAAUGUCACUCCUGCGGCCGCUCUCAGACAAACACCGAGAGCGUUGAAGUGGCAAACAGCCGCUUAAGCCCAAGUUGGUAAAUUAGGACUGAGUUUGCCAACGACGCCUGCGCAAUUUGUGCGCACACCCGAGCGCGCGUGCGCUCCCAUCAAGUCGUUUUUAAUCAGUUUAAAGUGAUUCUGUAGUUACUGUACCGGUCCACAUACAGUGUGAGUGCGUGUGUGAGGAUGGUGGAGAGCCAGAGCUGUGUUCACAGAGAGGGGGUGUACCGCUGGUUCUCCUCCCUCACCUCAGCCCAGAGGGCAGAGUUCCUGUGCGGCCUGCUGGACCUCUGCAUCCCCAUCGAGCUCCGUUUCCUCGGCUCGUGCUUGGAGGACUUGGCCCGCAAGGACUACCACUCUCUGCGGGAUGCGGAGAUCAAAGCCAACAACCCCGCCGACCUGUCGGGCCUUACCAACAUCACAGAUGAGGUGGUGCGCAGCAAGCUGCUGGUGUCCCUCGCCCUGCUCGGUUCGGACAACCGGGAGGCUGCGGGGGUCCUGUACCGGACCCUGACCCACAUAGACACGGUGAUCAAUAACUACGGCCUGGCGCUGAACGACGGGAGGACAGAGGAGCAGUUUCUGCUGCUGUUCACCAUGGCAUCCAACCACCCCGCCUUCAGCUUCCACCAGAAGCAGGUGCUGAGGCAGCAGCUCAGCCAGAUCCAGGACAUCCUGCAGGCAAGCAGUGGUGGAGGAGGAGGUGGGGAAGCUCAAGCUGCAGGGCCCAGCGGUGAACGAGCUGCCAUCUGUUACGCUCAGCCGCAUCACCACUAUCACCGUCAGUCGGUGUCCCUGCCUCUGUCCCCCCUGUCUCCCACUGCCUGCUCCCUGCCUGACGCCAGCGCUGCCUACCUGCCUCUGUCUGCCUGCCAAGCCUGCCUCACACACUGCACCUGCUGGCACAAGAGCCAGACCAGAGAGACCGGCACAGUGUUAGGAGCUGCUUUGGGACAAGGAGACCAAACAGUCAGCCAGGACCUGACUUCUCCCCACCAAGAACUCCGUCCUCCACCACCACCUCCUCCUCCCCCUCCUCCACCACCUCCUCUACCGCCCCCUCAUCUGCCUUCUUCUCCACCUGCUGGGCAAAGUCAAGAUACGGCAACUAAGAGCCAGCAGGGGAAUGCUGGAAAAGCGGUGAUUGAAAGGGUGGUGCUGAAAGGAGUUCCUCACAAGCCUGAAGACUCAAGCGAGUGUAGGUUCGAGGUUAGCUGGUCCGAUGGGUUGGUAGUAUCUGUUGUAAGAACUCAGCAGGAGGUAGCAGAGCUGAUGUCCCAGCUGUCACAAGCAUUUCCUGAUGGAGUGGAGAAGUUCCCGUCUCAGUCCAUGGAACUGGACCCCAGGUGUCUAACAGCCCUGCCCUGCCAUGUCCUCCAGCACCACAGUGUCCAGCUGUUCUUCACCUCCACCAGGCCUCUCUCACCCAAAUGUCCCUCCUCACCCCUCUCCUCCCCACUUGCAUCCUCACUACCAACCUCUCCUAUAGCCCCAUCCUGCCCGUUCACCUCCAGCUCCAAUCUUGGCUGUAUGAUGCAGUACAAAGGAGGUAACAGGGUGGUGUACAGAGUGGCCAGCGUCCAGCCCGUCAUCAGCACCCACAACUCCGUCUUGACUCGCUCCACUCCUCACCUGUCCUCCCUUUCCUCCCCUCCUCUUCCGACUCCGGCUCUCCUACCCUCCAUUCCUCCUCCCCAGCACUCCCCACAGCUCUCCUCUCUCCCUCCCCCCGUGCCAGCCCUGCCAGCACGUGGCUCUGCAGGAAGCGGGGGCGACGGCUCCUCCCAACCGCAUCCCCAGCACGGUCAGCUUCAUUUAUACCCGCAGCCCUCCCAGCACCACCUUCAUGCACAAACCAGCAGCCAGCCCAGUACGCAGCCUCAGACUCUGCACCUGUCCCAUUCCCAGCCAUCGUCCCAUUCACAUUCACAGUCCCGCUCCCAGUCCCAUAAUCAACCACUCUCCCAGUCUCAGCCCAAUACGCCAGAGCAGAACGGCAUACUGGACUGGCUCCGCAGGCUCCGCCUCCAUAAGUAUUACCCCGUCUUCAAACAGCUCACCAUGGAGGAGUUUUUAGCUCUGACAGAGGAAGACCUGAACAAGUACGACCUAACCCAAGGAGCAAAGAAGAAACUGAAGACCCAACUAGAACUCCAAAAGUCUGCAGACAGGGAGAUGAAGAUGGAGAAGCGGCCGUGCAGUGGCAUCGCCAGGGUGACGCCUUCCAGUCACAUGGGACCCUCAGCUCACCCCACCUCCAGUGCAGGAGAACUGCGAGUGGAGGUGGACGCCGUGCCGCACCACCAUCCUGUCUCCACAGACAGCAGCUCGUCCUCGGGCUACUCCAGCUCUUCCUGCUCCCCUCGCACCCCACACAGUUGCGACUCCACCUUUGACAGGACCAGAGACAUUCACAGACGUGUGUUGGCUCCAGAUACAGCAGGAAGUGGUCCAGAGAAGGAUCGGUCCUGCAUGUUCAUUCUGAACUCGACAGGCUCCAGUCGCCCCACAGCCCAGGUUCUGCCCGUCCAAACCGAUCCAGCUCCUCCUCUCCCUCCCUCCUGCUCAUCCCACCUCCCCUUUGGCCUCCCGCAAUCUGCUUAUCACCCACAGGGCAGUUACCCACAGACGCUGCUCUCCCCGGUCUCAAACCCAGCACGCAUCCUCACCUCCCCUCGCAAGCCCAGGCCCCCUCCGCUGGCUACAGAGGACCGGACUAAGCCGCUGGGCUCGAGCCUUCCUGCGGCCGGUGCAAGCUUCAGUUCAGGGCUCGGGGUGGGGGUACGACGGGAAAACCUGUUCCCCAGGGUCAACAUGGAUGGCUCGUCUGGACUCCAGGACUCUGUGGUUUGUCGUGGUCUUUCGGGAGGUGGCGUUAGUCUGAUGGUAGAAACCAGCUGCGCUCUGACCUCCACCUCCAACAGCCACCACCACGUUUCCCACCCCCCUGUCCACUUCCACCUCUCAUCCUCUUCCUCCCCUUCUCCAUCUGGAUUUUACUCUUACCCCCCUGUGUCCUCGUCCUCCUUCGCCUCUUUCUCCGCUUCCUCCUCCUGCACCUCCUCAAAAACCGCCUCUCAGACUGGCAGCUCCAGUGGUGGAGGUAGCUAUGUUCCCAUGGCAACAGCAAGCACAGUUCCUGUGGCUGCAGUCCCGGGCAACACUUACUACCCACCCCAGCAUACCUCCAGCCCCUCUCCUUCGCCCUCCUCUGCGUCUUCAUUGGAUCAAAGUUCUGGUCACAGUCCUUCCGUAUGUGUUUGCAGUUCUUGCGGUUGUCGAGGGAACUGCGGCGCCUAUGGGGCGUUGCCUGGAUACGCCGCAGCCAGCUACCUGCAGCCGUUCUCGGCCGGCCCCUCACUCUUCACCCUGGGUCCUCUGCUCCAUCUCAGCCCCCUGAUAGCGUCGUCCAGCACCGCCGGCACAGGCGCUGCACCAUUCUCCUACCCAAUGAUGGUACCGCCGCCCCUCUACCGCCACAGCCCGCUGUCACAUGACCAGCAGCAGGGGUUCGCCUUCUACCAUCCCCAUGGCAUCAUGGGAAACGGUGGGCAGAAAAGGACAGCAGGGAACCUGUCAUGUUAUAACUGCGGUGCACACGGACACAGAGCCGAGGACUGCAAACAGCCGCCCAUGGAUGCGACACAGCAAGGGACAUUUCGGCUGAAGUACACACCUCACUCUGACAGCAAGGACUCAGGAGACUAAGCAGCAGAGGCGGCUUUGGAUUCGAACUCCAGACUAAACUGUACCUCAUGGUCCUGCUGAAGCCAACAAAAAAACAAAAGGGACAGGAGACAAACAGCCUGCUCCUUUAGCGCAGGGGUUCACUGUUAGUCUGUUCAAAGACUGCUGAGUUGAAUCAUUUGUAUUCUUUCUUUUUUUCUUUCUUUUUUAAACCAAAGUUUGCAAAGAGAUUAUAGGAGGAGGAAGAAGGUUUUAGGCACAAGUAAAAGUGGACAUUUAUAAACUCUACCAUGCUUGAUCUCAGAGAUGUAGCUGAAAGUCUUCCUCAUCCUCAGAGAAAACACUACAGAUUGACAAUCAGUCACAUGACCUGAAAAGAAGCUUCCCAGUCAAACGAUGGGGCAUUCACCGUGGCAACCACAGCACUCCAGAUGUGUCCAGAUAUCUUCCAGAAUACGCAGCCUCUUGCUCUAAUCAAGUCCUGCACUUACUGCGAUUGCGUUUGGUUGGAAGUACCAGUGUUAUCCCUCCUUUCACAGGAUCUACUGGUGCACAACAUCUCACACUACCACAGCUAAUCAUUUGAAUGUUGGCUCGUUGCUUCUCACGGUUGGCACGUCCACACAAAGAUUCCACUUUAAUCAACUAGUUUCUAAAACUUCUAAAACUGGCACUGUAUGUUCAGGUGGUUGAAAGUUCCAAAGUUAAUCCUGACCAAAUCCUGAGUCACAGUAUUCACAUAUUCACCUGGAUUUGAUUUCAAAACAGCCUCAAUCUACGAGUUACAUAUUCAGCGGUUUAUUAAUUUGCUUUGUUUCUGGUUAUUAACAAGCAGGAGUCAAAUGUCUGGUUUGGUGCUUUACAUCUCGUGCACCAGCCUUUAUACAGGUGUGCACAGAGCUGUCGGCCACAUUUAAACUGGAACACCGUAUUUAAAUGUGCUAACAGUUGAAUGAAUGAAUUCUAACUGGCACACAGACUGCAUGAACUGGAAACCGUCUUCAGCAACUGGAGAUCUAAGAGGAAAACUUGUGUCCGUUGUGCCUCUUCAGCCCGUGUCUGUAUGUAAAGAUGGAAAACCUGAUGUCCCUGAAAUCAGUGUUGCCAGGUUGAUGUAAUGUGCAACCAAAGUAACAACCAGGGGAUGAACAUGUGGUAUUGAGCGCAUGCCUUUUUCUGCUGGACCCUCAGCACUGCUGGCUAAGCAUUAUCACACAGCACUUCAUACAAGACUACCAAAAUGGUUUCUUUGAAGCGUAUCUCAUCACAGUGAUGUUUGAGUGUUCAUUUUUCCAUUUGCUCCGUUUGUUUUGAUUUUUUUAAUUAGUUUCUGAGGCACCUGUUGGCCACUGUUCAGAAAAUGUACACAGGAAUCUGCACGAAUCUUCUAACACAUCUGGAGGGACUUUGGCAUUUUUUUCAGGAAGUUAAGUUUGUGUUAAAUGAGUGAUUCGAAUGCUAUAGCUGGUAAGCACAGGACAAAAGCAGUGUUGAAGAAGGGCAGUUCAGAUUCUGCUGCAGUAAAGUUGCACCAUGGAGGUGAUGGUUGCUGGGCUACGUCAGAGCAGGUCUAGAGGGAACAGUUCCUCUUCCUGCAAACCCAGGGGAGCUAAAUGGGUAAAAUAAUUAUUUUCACCUGCAUCUAUACAAAGAAGAACAUGCUUUAUUUUAGUUUUCACAAAUGCAGCAUUAAUAAUAUGCCUGAUUGAAGUAAACUGCCAGUUAUGUCCUCUAGUUUUUUGUUGUUUUUGCCCAUAAAAUGCUAGCACUCUGCUAAUCCAUGCUGAUUGGUUGACUGAGGACUCUCCUAAAAGAAAGUGUUCCUAAAUAACUUCUUUGCACUUCUCCACUGCUGGGUUGCCUUAAAUCAAAAUGAUGAACGCCAAAAAGUGGCUCAAAGUGCCAAGACCUUCCUAGUGGGUGAGAAAGGGAUUUUACAAAUAAUUAAACCCAUAUAUACAAAACAGAAAAUGGAACAAUAUCUAAGGUUUCAAACUGUUUUAUGAAAAACAUGGUGGAAACAUGUUUACCCUUCAUAUGUAACAUUUUUGGGUCCGUAGGCUGCUGUGAAUUCUGGACUGCCUGGAAAGCAUCUCCUUUCUUCUUUCGUUGCAUGAUGUUUAAGAGCACUGUGCUUAGAUCUCAAUACCAUGUCUCCACCCUUGAUGGGUACUGCACAGACUCUGGUUGCAGAUAACAUCACCAUCACUCAAAUUCCAUGUUAGUUGGGCCUUUAUGCAGUGGGGACCUGUCAGCCAUCUUUAUUCACGUCUUGGUGAUCUGCAGCCUUUCUACCUCUGAGCAUGCCAGAGGGCGAAAUGGCCCUCUGUGCACAAAUACAGCAACGACAAUCAGAAAAUAUCAUGUGGUUUACAUCAGGACGAACAUUCAAAGUGCCAAUUUUCUCUUUUCAUAACUGUGGUGUAAGCGGGAGUUGUUCUUUUGUACUUUGUUUGUACAGCGUUUAGGUCUAAGUAUGUUGAGCAUGUUGGAAUUUUAAGAAAGCAAUAGGAAGUGCUUCUGUGUUCGGGUCUCUGACCCGGUGGGGGUGGGAAGCUGCUGAGCUGGACCCAGAGCUGCACAGACACAAGGACAGCUGGUCCUUCAGAUGAAACUCUCUGCGUACCCCUGGAGGGCACAGCACAGGGAUGUGUGGGGUGUUUAUUUAAAAUGAAAAAUCCGAACAUUAAGUAUGUAUGCGUUUGUUUGAGGUAUCGGCAAUUCGCUUUCAUAUUGUAAAAUAAAAUGUUCUGUAUUUUAUUCCAUUAGUUACGUAGAUGAGGGAAAUUUCUUUAUACUGCUAGUUUAUCCUGUCAUUGUUUUAUAUAGAUUAUACCAAAGAACAUCGUCUUUGGAGAUGGUUUAUAGACAGAAAAGGUUCCACUUUUGUAGGUUUUACUUACUCUUUAAGGAUGUUGGUAACUUGAUGCAUGCAUGUUCCAAAAUCUUGUUUUAAAUAUGCUUUUAAAAUAUUUGUGUGUUUUGAAAGUUUGGACUUAAUUACCCAGUUCUUUGUUGGUAAGAUUUUUUUUUAUGGCUUAAAAUUAAAUAAUUUUGGAUUCUCCCUUUCAUGACAGUGCCUGUGUGGUUUAUUUAUUAAAUGGCACAGGGUGCUCCGAGGAUCCCUAAAAGGUUGAAGGUGAAUUUUUAUGUACAAUAAAAUGUGUAAAAGAUGGGCGGAGCCUCAAGCUGAAAGUUUUCGUUGCUGUCAUUUUAGCUUUUCGAAACAUGACGACGACACGGUGGACACGCUCCACGGUCAUUGGCUAAGCGACGGUCAAAGACUUGCAUCUGCCAUUUAUAUGCAGUCAAAGGUCUGAGUCACUUUCACAUCUUUUUCCAUUGUCUUCUGGAU